AUGCAGAAAGACUCGCCGCUCUUCUCUCGUCUUCCACCAGAAGUACGCUCCAAAAUAUUUGCGUACACGGUCGCAGAAUACGAAGACGUAAACAAUCCGUACCCUAUCAAUGAUACUUGGAAACCCUCCUACUCUGCACCACGCAAGAUAUGCCUUGAGCUUCUUGCGACAUGUCGCGCCGUGUAUCUCGAAGCCUGGUUUCUCCCUUUCAAGACCAUAGAGCAAUCUAUCUGGCUCACCAGGGCGCAUUUUCGUCCCAUACUCUGGGCGCAGGCCAUGCAGAAACUCAACAAGCUGCUCUCAAUAAUCGAGAGGCAACUAGGCCAAUCAAGAGUCGAGAUCGGAAGCUUACACGUGUAUGCAACGGUAGAAGCCGUAGAAAAAGGCAUGCUACUCAAAGUUUUACAAACGCCUGGAUUGCACCCACGACAGCUGGUUCUGACAAUUAGCCACGAGGACUGGCCGGAUUGGAACUGGGAUGCACCGUUACGCUUCGAGGCCGGUUGGAUCAAGGGAAUUUUUGGGGUCAUUUCGUCCUCAACACAAGCCUUCAUUAUAGAGCUCGAGGUUGUAGAGCAAAGGAAGAAUCAGGUCGAUGUCAUCGCCAAGCACAUAGCUGAGCAUUGGUUCUUCAGACGCUCUGAUGGCAAUGUGUUAUAUGCAGAUGCCUCCGCCAAAUGCCUUCAGGUAUCGCAAUGGACUGGCCCCAGCUCAUGGCGCAACGAACGCUGGGCAGUAGACUCAAAUGGCGUCAAACAGGUCAAAUAUCACACCUUGACCGUUGCAUAUGAGCUAGAACUCUCAGUGAAGGCAAAGGGCGGUAUGGUCAGUGAAGCGGCCAUGAAGAACUCUGCAGACCCUUCAUACGAGCACCUUUCGGUGAGAGUUGAGGACACAAUAAACUCCUUGGAUUAG